AUGAUGCAGAUGUGGUUUGUCUUCUGGGUGGCCCAGCGUUUGGUGCAGGGGGAUCUUGUGGAAAUGUGUGAAGGUGAUACUCAGGGCAUGCUACAGCUGGUGACGUCAGGCACGUCCACUUCGUUUGGGCCACCGGCUCCCGAAUCGACGCAUGGUCCAAAGACAUCGCAAGCUGCAUCCCAGCCGAGCAGUUCACCUAAGCCAUCCACAAGCGACACAAGCACCAAAAGCACCACAAGCACCACAAGCACCACAAGCACCACAAUCCAACCACCAGCCGCGGCUAUCACCACCUUCCAAUGGGAGCCCCAUUGGCAGUGCGCUGAAGCCGAUGCCUCCUGCACUCGCGCUGCACAGGCGAAGUUCCAGCAGUUGGUGGAGGAGUCGGGCGCGCAGAUUGCGGCAGCCCUGGAGUUGCAGGGUGCAGCAGUGCCCAACUGGAUAUCCUCCAAGGAAUAUGAGGAUGCCGUGUCCAUUAUGGUGGCACCAGGCUGGCAGGUCUUGAAGGAAGGAGGUGGCAACAUUUGUUGUGGCGGGCAACGAGGAUUGGCCGUGAUGCUGGUGAAACCUCCCUGGCCAGUGUCCAACUGCGAGGAGCUCUGUGUGAUGGCGGUCCAUCCGGGGCAUUCUCCAAUCCAAAGCGGGAAAUCCAUCGUCCAAAGCAUCUGUGGAAGUGCAACCGACUCGUGCGCAAUUGCACUGGGUGAUUGGAAUGUGGAUGCUGCAGGGGUUUCUGGUGGGUCAUUUGACUCCUGGCAGAGACUGGUUGGAGGCAAUCCUCCUGUUUUUGUGGUGCCCAAUUCUGAGACUUGCUGCCAUCCCAGCACCUGUUGUCGUUUCGACCACCUGGCCACCAACAUCCCUGGUGCCAAGCCUGUGCAUGUGCACGUGUGGGACUAUCAACUUACGGAUCGGUCCCGUAUGGAUGAAGAACAUAUGCCCGUUGCAGUGCACUUCACUGUGCCGAUGAACGUGUCGAUGAACGUGCCUGGCUUUGACGCAGCCUUCCAAAAUGGUGGACCGUUAGCGGGGAUAGCGCCCAAUCCACAGCAGCUACAGAGCAUGAUGCCGCCGAACCCCAACGCCGGGUAUGGCUUUGAGGCCCUGGGGCAAAGCUGGCAGCCUUCAGGAGGCCCGGCCUUUGGUGGAGCGAUGCCAGGUGGUCCUGGGAUGCCCUGCGGAAACCUGCCACAGUCCUUUGGGAUGCCUCCAAUGGCCUCAGGAGCCGGUGGCCUUCCGCCGGGCCUGCCCCAGCAAGUUGCACCCACGCUGCCGCCGACGAUGUGCAAGGCGCCUCCAGAGCGGCAUCCGGUGCCCGAUCACAUGCAUCCAGGGAUGUCCGGCUCUCAGGGACGGGGUGUUUUUGUUUCGUCCUUGGCUUCACCUGCAGCAGCACAUCUGAGGCGGGCACGCCUCGCACCCCUACCGGCCGCGCCUGCCCGUGGUGCGCCCACGGCCGGUGCAGACGGUGCCACCACGGCCGCAAAGGGUAUUUUAGGCUUCACCAGCCAAAACGAGACGCUGCAGGCUGCGAAGCAUUCCCAAGUGGUGGUGGAUUUGGAGGAGCCGAGUGGCUCCAACUUUUUGUUUCCAACACCUGGGCCGCUGACUGGAGUGAAGACUCGGGGCAAAGCCAUUCUGAAGCUGAAACAGGUGACCUAUCAAUAUCCCACACAGUCCAAGCCGGCCAUCAGAGACGUUGACUUGGAAGUUUCCCAGGCGAGCCGCGUGGCCUUACUGGGACCCAUGGGCUCGGGACGAUCCACACUGCUGCAGGUCUUAGAAGGGCGGCUGAGACCAACACACGGAAGCGCCAUGCGAGUGCUUGGUUUGCGUGUUGCAUAUGUCUGCAAGCACUCGCUCCAACGCUUCGGCCAUCACAAGGAUGCUACUGCAUUGCAGUAUUUCAUGUGGAGAUUUUCGGAUCACAGGGACAAGGAAUCGGCCAGCAUUGCCUCCAGCGUUUCACAAGAAGAGGAAGCCUUGAGGAGUGUUUGUUGGUACCUGGACAAAGACAAAGUGCCACGCCAGGGCGAGGACCAGGUGCAGGCUUUACGCGCGAUUCCUGACAAGAUCUGCAAUCGUCGCUCGAAUGCUGCGGGGGAACACGAGUAUGAAGUGAAAUGGCUCAGAUGUGAAGAGAAGACCUGGGUGCGAAAGCAGAUCCUUUGCGAUAUGGGCUACGCGAAGUUGAUGCAGUUGGAAGAUGACUGGCAAGCAUCCUGCGCGUUUUCAGCCAAGGAGCUGACAAAGGAGAACGUGCUGAAGCAUUUGCGCUGUUUCCAGGUGGAUAGCUCUGCCAGUCAGAUGCCCAUGGGCAAACUGAAUCGAGCCAUGAAAAUCAGGAUCGUUUUGGCCGCAGCCCUGUGGCAACAUCCGCACGUUUUGAUCCUUGACGAGUUGGCGGAUUACGUGGACGUUCAGGAAAUGGAGGCCUUGCGCUGUGCCAUUGAUCGCUUUGGAGGUGGUGUGAUCCUGGUGACGGAAAACGAACAGCUGCGUGCCUUGGCGACGGAGAAGUGGUUCAUGGACGAAGGCGUGCUACACGUGGAGCAACUGGCGAAGGUUGAUGCACGGAGCAAUGCCAAGACUUCUGAUAUGCCUGGGGAGGCUGAGAGGAGACACAUCGUGGACAUCGAGCGUCGGAUCCAGGAGCAUCGAAGGAAACCCCUCAGCGACAAGGAGCUGUGGCAGCUUGAAGACGAACUACACGAACUCAAGGAAGUGCUUCUGAACGACGUUGCCCUUCAGGAUCCAGACGUUGACGAUGCUUAUGCCAUUUCGGGCCUUGGUGAAGUCAUUGAUGAACAGCUGUCCGAGCUGUUGAUGGAAGAGUUUGGCGCGGACCUGAAGAAUUUCCGACGAGCACAGCAGGAUUUCAACCUGAAGCUCAGUUUGUUGGUGGAACAACAGCCAGAAGAAGACCCUGCGUUGGACUUACUUGGCUUCGUGGCCUACAAGACGUGGGGUCCACCGGUGCCUGGAGUCAGUGUAGGUGCUGUGGGCGUGGCUGACAAGCAUCGCGGCAAGGGCUAUGGGAGGCAGCUCAUGAAAGUGGCUGAAGAUCGCGCUGCCAUGCUGGGGGUGGUCACUGGGGAGGGCUUCCAAGCUGGCCAAGUACGACUUCGAUCCUUGGCCUCCGCCGUGCACUUCUACGAACGCCUGGGCUACGAGCGCCUGGAGGAGGAAGAGGGAGAAGCGGAGAAGACACCGGCAUGUCCCGAUCCUGAGCGCCCUGCUGGGGAGGAUUCGGAUGAUGAAGGUCCCUGCGUGCCGAUGGCUCGAAAGUGUGCCCCACAUAGUCCACGGACGACGAUGAAAAUGGGACCUCUGCUUUCACCAGGGCCGCAAAUGGCCUGGUGUCCCAAGAUCUCUCGAGCAUUGGAGGCUCUUGCUGCCAGAAGCUUGUGGUAUCCCCGUCGCCACGUUGCGAUUCGCAGUUUGAGCCGGUGGCGUGGCGAGUCGCGACCCAGUCACCGGGCUAAGAUGGCCAGGAGAUUUGGAGCUCGCGGAUGGGAGCUGCUGGGAGCCAUGGCAGCUAUGGCCGACAGUUGGUCAGAAACUGGUGAAGCUUCUGAGAAGGAUGCGCCUGAAGCAGGCACAAAGUGGCCUGCGGAACGUGCUUGGAGCCCAGCUGUGGAGGCGAUUCCUGCAGUUGAAGAGGCAGCACCCAUGGAAGAACGCCAGUGGUUCUACAAGGAUGCCUCGGGAGCAGUUCAGGGUCCAUAUUCAUCCUCAGUGAUGUCAAGCUGGUCACGUUCUGGUUUCUUCCCAGCAGAUACCAUGGUUCGCUCCGAGGAUGAGGACGAGUUUUCGGAGCUGGGCAACGGCAUGCGUCUCAUCAUGGCGCCGCAACCUCGGAGGCCAUUGGUCGCGCGGGGUCACGGAUGGCCACGAAAGCUACGGUGUGGAGCGGCUGAGGUCGUUGAAGGAAGACUGAGCCAUGCGGUGCUGGUAGUGAUGCUGAAGAAACCGAAGUUACACUUACAGUCAUGGUUGAAUUGGUUGACUCGUACCUGA